UAUAAAGGGGGGGAGUAAGAACGGAACAGCCACCCAUCAGCCUUUGCUCCUGACUAGCAGUACUCCUUGGCAGGUAGUGUCGUACCAAAGGGAAGUGAAAACAUGAACUUCAAGACGAUUUCCGUGCUCCUUGCCUUCAUCGCGGCAGUGUGCGCUCAAGCACCCACAAACGAGUAUGAACUGAAGGAUGCCGACGACAAAACAUGCUUGAGAGCAGACAUGGCUCUCACCAUCCAAGUCAACUACACAAAGACUGAUGGCACUGCUUUGUUUGCAUGGGACCUGCCUACGUACAACGCCUCCGACCCCAACACGGUCGUAGUGGGCGGCAGCUGCGCAGAAAACGGCACAGCGGAGUUGACUCUGUCGACCCCAGCUGGCAGCACCAGCGUGAGCAUGACCUUCACCAUGGCGGAAGGCUCCACCUACCUGUCUGGUGUGGAACUGUCGUACACCGAGGAUCCUGAUAUAUUUGUCAACACGACAACUCCAAAUGACAACAAAACUGUGGUCACGACUGGUCUCCAGGUGUUUGAGGCACCUGCCGGGAGGUCGUACAAGUGUAACAACCAGGGCAACCUGGCCCUGAACGCUGCUGAAGGCACCAUGCUCAUGCUGGCAAACGUGCAGGUCCAGGCCUUUGACUUCAACAACACCUUUGGUGAUGUUACGGAAUGUGCUGCGGACACCACCACCAUCAGUCCCAACGCCACCACCGUCGCUCCCAACGCCACCACGAUCCUGCCAACCACGAUCCUGCCAACCACUCCCCCACCCGCCCCCGAGGCCCCUCAGAACAACUACACCCUGACCAUUGAUGGGAAGGUCUGUCUGAUGGCGCUGAUGGCUCUGCAGAUGGAGGCAAACUACACAAAGACAGAUGGAAAGGUGGCAUCUGCCAAGUGGAAUGUACCAGCUAACCCUGCUGUGUCCGGAAGCUGCGGGAACGACACUUCGGUUCUGGAGCUGAAAUACGACGGCAACGACACCAUCACCAUCACCUUCAAGAAGUCUGCGGCGUCCGGCCUGCUGCAGGCUGAUGACGAGAAGUUCAUGGUGUCAGAAAUCAGCGUGGUCUACAUGGAGACCUCAGCCCGCUUCCCAGACACCAACAGCUCUGGAACAAUUCGCACUGUCACCAACAACAACCUGACGGCCUUCGAGGGCUCCGUCGGCAGCUCCUACAAGUGUAUGGCUGAGCAGGAUGUGAGUCUGUCUAUGGACGUGAUGCUCAUCGCCACAGACGUCCAGGUGCAGCCGUUCGGACUGUCCGACAACAACUUUGACACUGCUGAAGAAUGCCCUGCUGAUAACGAGAUCAGCAACAUCGUGCCCAUCGCAGUUGGCUGCGCCCUGGCAGGCCUGGUCGUCAUCGUACUAAUAGCGUACCUGAUCGGCCGGCGCAAGAGUCACAAAGGAUACCAGCAGGUCUAACGGACUCAUCGAUGUACAAAUUCCUCUUAAUUAUUCUGAUGUUCUGAUGAAGUUUCUGGCCCUGUCUCUGAACAACAGCAGCUUCUGUUGCACUUGCUGUGAAAAGGGAAAUAUUCAUGGUGGUUUUAGGCUUGUGGUCUUAGCAGUGUCCUCUUCACAGAAAAUUUAAAACCACUGCAAACGUUCCCCCUUUUACAGUAAAACCCUGCAUGGCAGUUUCAACACGGAAGUUAAUCCAAUGCAUCUUCCUAAAAGCAAAAUGAAAGCCCCGUAAACAUUCCAGUUUUACAGUAUGUUUAGGGCUUGGCAACAACUUUGAACUUGGGAUAUUCAGCUACAGCUUAUCACUAUUGAUACUUGUCAAAUAUACACUGAGUCUACCUACUGUACAUUGCACCAUUCCUAUGAAAGCCAUCUACUAUAAGGUGUUUUUCUUCAUUUGUGGUGCACAUGUAGACAUUCUUAGUCCUGUUCCUGUUGUUCUGAGACAAACCAGUGUUGUGCACCCUUCAGUGCAAAUCUCAUGAGGGGGUGUGAGUAGUUGUCCCCCAAACCCUCAUGGUUUUGCAGUGACAGCUGCAGGAAGUGAAGGGGGAUGCCAGAGGACUGUAAAUACCAAAUGAUAUCUUUUCCUGUGCUUUUGAUAUUAAAUGCUGCUACAGGAGCUUUGAGGUGAUUCAGAAACUCAAGAAAAAUAAAAGGCAAUAUUAAAAAAUUCACCAAAACUGUAAAAUCAAGUUCUCUUGUGUACAGUUUUUGAUAAUAGCUGCUGUCAGUUGUGCCAAAAAAAAUCUUAACAAAAAUCAAUUCCUCACAUAAAAAUUAGGUUACGACUGAGUCAAGUGUCUUAUAAGUAGGACAGAGCAACUGACAGCUUAGAAGUAAAAAGCAGAUUCCUGAAGAUGUUUUGAGAUUCGCCUUGGUGAAAGUCAAAGUAUACAGUGUGAUUUUGUACCAUAGGAUAAGGAAAUGGAUUGGAAAUCUAGUUUGCUAAAGUUUGACAAGGAAAUUUAGCCACAUUAGUCAUUAAAAUUGGGUCUUGGGGUUCUUUCUGAAAGAAAUAUCUAGGGUGAAAUGUCUUGAGAAGAAUUGUGACGUCUUUGUAAAUGACAUAAUCUUGCUUGUGCUGUUUCUAAAUACAGUAGAACAAGGCUAAUACUUUCUUGAAUGAAUGUCUCAAGCUAGUAAUGAAAUUUAUCCAAAUAUGUGACUGUUGAAUUUAUUGCAGCAUUUUGAAAAUGCUAACAAUGCAAAGUAUCAUAGGGGUGUGAGGUCUGAAUAUAGACUUAGAUGUGAUGGUAGAUUAAAUGAUAAAACAAUGACAUUUUCAAUGAAUGUGAUCAACUUUGUAUUGUUAAUUGAAAAAAUGAAAAAAUGUUGUAAGCAAAGCACAUCACUACUGCAAGAGGUAUUAGAAAUUUGUAGGUUUGUUUCAAGUCAUUACAAUUGGAUAUUUUAGUUGUACAUUUUAUGCCAAUAUUUACUGUCUCAUGAUUUUUUCCCGUAAUGUUUGCUAGUUGAAGGAAAAACUUUACCAGUAUUUUGUUCUAUUCAUAAACUGUAGUAAAGCAUUCCGAAUCAUAGAAAUGCUGUAGAAUUUAGACAGUGAACCUGUGAUGUUUUGUUGUUUAUUUUGAUGAUUUAAUGGGAAUAGAUUAAAGAUGAAUAUGUUAUCGUAAGGACUUAGUAUUAGUAUUUCAACAUGUAAGGGAAUUACACAAAUAUCAAGAACAUUUAUGCAGCCUUUAGUUGAUACCGUUCUGUAAUUAUGCUUCUUGUGUGAAAAGGAACAUAUUAAGUAUGUAUCAAACUUCCAAAAACUAAUCACCCUGGCAGUUUGUAUGUCUGCAUACCCAGUACUGCUCAAGAUUGUACACACAAAACAUUGCUGUUUCAAUAUAGGCUUGGGAUGGUCAUGUUUAACUUGCAUCUUUGCAGUGUGUAUUAUUGUCUACAUACUAGUAACUUCAAGCAUAAAGGUCGUCCUAUAGCCUUUUCAAUGUUGUAGGGACAGUGGGUUGUUAUCUACAAGCGUGCUAAUGCAUAUGAUUAAUGUUUUCCCUAUUUUUCUCAAGGAUAUAUGAGAUAAGUCAACAGCGAAUGAUCUUGCAGAGAUUGUAAAAUGUGCUUGCAUUUGUGGCUCUAAAACCCUGUUCAUCCCACAAAUCUUGGUAUGAACAGUGUCUUGGUUAUAAGCAAUCCUUGCUGGCAGGGUAAUAGUUUACUGUGAUAGGAUUAUAAUUUGGCAGCAACAAAAAGAGAAAAAAUCCAAAAACAAAAGUUUCUCAGACUGUAAAACAAAAUGUAGAACCAACUUCUUUGUCACAACACCCCUUCAUAAUCCUCCACGGCCAUUAUAGUCCGGACUGAUCUGACUAGUGUUAGGGAUUUUAUUUUCCUUGUAAUUGUGCCACGUGACUUGAUACAUAAUGUACUUCUGCCUGUGUCCUUACGGCUGUGUCAUGGCAGGUGAACAUUGCAUUAUCUGAUCCUUAGUGUGUGUAAAUCUCUAGCCUGGGUUCCAUCCUAGUUAGUUUAUGACUGGGCUCUUAUACUCUGCAUACAAACUAUAAAAGCCCCCUCAUAAACUAACUUAGAUGGCACAGGACUAGCCUGGUAUCCAAACAAUGGAGCUGCAGCUUUAAUAGUUUUGGUCACCAGGCUAGCACCGAACGGGCUACGUAAUCUUUUUGGUGGUUCUGUUAAAACUUAAAUGGGGAUGAAUAAACACCAGAAAAAGCAA